GAAACACCGGCACGUGUGGCUCGUGAGUUCCCAACUGAAGCUGUCGAAAUUCCAGACGCAGACAAACUUGUCAAGCAAUGGUCCGAGGGUGCGUCACCAAAGCGUCGCAGCUUCUUUCGACCACGCGAAUCACUCCUCGAGAUUCCAUCAAAUGUACUUUCACCACAGACGUUGAAGGGAGUUCGUCCCAAAUUGGAGGAUGUGCCUGAAAUGGACGAUGAACAGGAUUCUUUCGAAGAAAAUACAAAGAAAGUAACAAAUGUCACGAAACGUCGAGGGCUUCGUGCAUCGAACAAGUAG